AUGUAUGUUCGCACGAGAGCUUUCAAGACAGCUCUUAUUGGAAAUGGUACAGCUUUUGAGGGUGAGGCAGAUUGUGCAGCUGUCUCAGGUGAGGCAGAUGGUGCAGCUGUCUCAGGGGUGGUAGAUGGUACAGCUGUCUCAGGGGAGCCAGAUGGUGCAGCUGUCUCAGGGAAGGCAGAUAGUGCAGCUGUCUCAGGUGAGGCAGAUAGUGCAGCUGUCUCAGGGGAGCCAGAUGGUGCAGCUGUCUCAGGGAAGGCAGAUUGUGCAGCUGUCUCAGGUGAGGCAGAUAGUGCAGCUGUCUCAGGGCUGGUAGAUGGUACAGCUGUCUCAGGGCUGGUAGAUGGUACAGCUGUCUCAGAGGAGCCAGAUGGUGCAGCUGUCUCAGGGAAAGCAGAUGAUGCAGUGUCUCAGGGGAGGCAGAUGGCGCAGCUGUCUCAGAGGAGCCAGAUGGUGCAGCUGUCUCAGGGAAGGCAGAUGGUGCAGCUGUCUCAAGGGAAACAGCUGGAGCAGCUCCCCGAAGGUGACAAACGAGAAUGA